CAAUGUUGGCAAGCACCAACCUCAUCUGUUGCAACUUCUCUCACUUACCUCAAAACUCAACAAAGUUCAACGCUUCAAUCCAAGCUACAAACCUUAGCCAACAAAGUCUCCUGCUUCCCAAAAGAACCUCAGUAUUCCUCAAACCCCACAGUUGGCAGGCCUUAACUUUCCCAUUUCACAGAAAGGGUGUUCUUCAAAUAUGUCAAAGUACCUCAAACACCCAGAAUUCAGAGGAAGAAACAAGUCGGGAUAAAGGGUCUUCAGUUGAUAAUGGUAAAGAAGGAAGGGAUUGGACAACCUCGAUUUUGCUUUUUGUGUUGUAUGGCGCUCUUAUGUACUAUGUUUUCAAUCUCACACCUGACCAGACCCAGUCAAGAGACAUAUAUUUUUUUAAAAAGCUCCUGAAUUUGAAGGGAGAUGAUGGCUUUAGGAUGAAUGAGGUUCUUGUCUCCCUAUGGUAUAUUAUGGGAUUGUGGCCUUUGGUGUAUAGCAUGCUACUGCUUCCAACAGGCAGAAGGUAUCUUCCACUUCUCUUACUGAGUUCUUUAUACUAUUUUCUGAACCUCUGA